AUGUUUGCUGCUGGAACUGAUACGUCAUUCACAUCUCUUGAGUGGGCGAUGUCGGAGCUGAUACGAAAUCCGAAAGCUAUGAAAACUUUGCAAAAUGAAGUGAGAGAAGUAGCUGGAAGCAAGGAAGAAAUUAAUGAGCAAGACUUGGAUAAAAUGCCUUAUUUGAAAGCGGUGUUGAAGGGGAAUCUAAGGAUGCAUCCACCGGUUCCAGUGCUAAGCCCUCGUGAAUUAAUUAAAGAUACAAAAGUAUUGGUCUAUGACGUUGCAUUUGGUACGCGUGUGAUGAUUAAUGUUGGGGCAAUUUCAAAGGACCCGUCACUGUGGGAAAAUCCUGAGGAAUUUCGUCCGGAGAGGUUCCUUGAAUCAAGCAGAGACUUCAGAGGUCUGCAUUUUGAGUUUAUUUUGUUUGGGGCAGGCAGGAGGGGCUGCCCUGGUACUACGUUCGCAGUGGCGGUGAUUGAGCUUGCAUUAGCCAAGUUGGUACACAAAUUAGACUUCACAUCACCUAAUGGAGCAAAAAUGGAAGAGUUAGAUAUGAGUGAAUCUAAUGCAAUCACAGUCCAUAAAAAGUCUCCUUUUGGUAGCUACUCCACAUGUUUGUUAGGUAAUGCAGUGCUAUUUUAA